AUGGGUGGUCCAGCACCUCCUAAGUUCACCUGGGACCCAGGAGGUGCUCUCCAUUCUGUGGUUGAUGUCAACAGCCUCCAUCCUACCCUUCCUGAGAUUGUCCAUUGCUUCUGUGAGCCAGCUAGGGAGCUCCAUCGCACGAGGCUCGCCCGUCGCUCCAACCCCGAGAGCGCGCAACGCAGGCACCCUGACCAGCCUGCUGGCCGAAACCACCGCGUCCCCGGUGAGCCGGCCAGGCACAAGCAGGCGCGACGGAGCGGCGCAGCUCUCGCUGUCCAGCCGGCUGCAGGACCACCGCCAAGCCCCCAAACUUGCGCGAGAGGAGCCCAGAGGCGGCUCACUGCCCCGUCGAGCCCGCGGGGAAACUUGACGCGCUCGGCCCCCUCCGAAGCGGCCGCGCCGAGCCAUCCCCGACGUGCUUCCCUUACCGGUGGGCGGCGCGUCCUGGCGGCGGGCCCCCUCGGCUCUGGCGCCCCUCUCGCUCUACCCAGCUUGCUGCGCCCCGGGAGGGCCGUCGGGAUCCGUCCGUCGCGGCCGCGAGUCAGCAACGGUGCCUCGUGCCCGCGCCUCCUCGGCUCUGGCGCCCGGGGCCGCCUGGCAUCGCCUCGGCCAGUCUCUCCGGCGGGGCUGCCCGGCGUCUCCCUGCUGCCGCUCGGCACGCGCGCGCAGCCUUUGCAGGAGGCUCCGCUCGCCACGGCAUCCGGCUGCCUUUGCUCCGCGCGCUGCCAGCCUGAGCCUCAGCCUCCUCCGGGGGCUGCUGGGCGCGCAGAGGCGGGCGCACGGAAGGACCGCAGCGACCCCUACAGGCCGCCAGGGGCAUUCUUCCCUUUUUUGGAGGGGCAGGAGCGUCUUAGGCUCCAGGGAUCUAGGGAGGUCCCCUUACUAGAUUCCUCCCUUCCGUCUGGGCGUAGGGGCUGCGUUGUGCUUCUUCCCGCGGCAGGUAAGAGUCGUUGCACCUUCAUCAUCAGCGGUGUGGCAGGCAGAAAUUCAACAGGUGGAGCUUUUCCUCUGGCAUGCUGGUGCAGAGGUAAGGAAAGCGUGACUGUCUGCCUGACGCGAGGCUGUUCGAGAGCAAAAGUGGCGAGCCUGCGUUGUCCCUUCGCUUCCAAGGCUACAAGGAAGGAGAUGCAUUUCCUUCCUUGCCUUUGGGUGUGGAGCUGCAUUUUGGGGGUCGCUGGAGGUCGAUCAAGUUUGCGCUCCCAUCCGCGCUUAAUUGGGGUUGGGGUUCAGCGCGGGAGAGGAUCAGGGGUGCGUGCAUAUUGUGCCAAAUUUAAAGGAGAACAAAGGCAAAGCGCUGAAUUUCAAAGUAUAAAAUGAAUUUAGUGGAAGACGUUGGGAGAGAGGAAUCACUAAUUGGCUCAGUAUGUCAGUGAGAGCCAGACUGGCAGAAAAAUAGAAGACACUAGGCUAGGACUUCUUAGCAUAGUGCAAAGCCUAAUAAGUCACUGGUUCACAUUCUGAACACGUUAGAUGGCAUUAGGAACUCUCUGUUUCCCACCUCCCACCCACAAUGUAGGAGUAUCACACUGGCCUGCCUUGCAGGGGUGUUGUAAAGAGUCCAAGAAUACAUGUGAAAUAUUUUCUAUGCUCAAAAUUUCGAUAUAAAUGCAAAAUAAGAAUAUAAUGGCUGACCACUCUCCCUGCUUUCUACAGAGGUCACUGUGAAGAGCCUCCCUCCCUGUGUCCUUUCUUGCUCCUCCUCCUGACAGCCUUCUGCUGCCUGAAGAAAAUAUAAAGGGCCUGGUUCUGUCUCCUUCCAGCCCCAGCUGUUCAGUGCCAUUCUGACCAAUGCAGCUGUAUGAUGCUUGGAGCUCAGGAAGGGGAUUCCCGUUGCAGUUGCAAUGAGUGGGGUGGUGGUCAAUGCACGCAGGCUGCUGCUGCUGCAGAGUGGCUGGCAGUCCAUUAUGACCUGAUGCAGACAUAUCUACAGCAAGAUCUACUUUAGCUGAUGGGCUUCUGUGGCCAGGAUGGACUGCAACUUCAAACCGGUUCACAAAACCUGUUUUAUUCUACACGUAGAAAAUGAAAUCCCCUUCCCACAGAAGCCUGCAGCUUUCAAGAUUUCACGAAGUUCUUUCGGUAUAGAAAAAGGCAUGCUGAGCCGAGGUAGUUUUUAUUCUUCACAACUAACAGCUCCCCAGGCAAGGAAGAAAAUGAAAUCCUAAUGAAGUUCAUUCUAUCCAAAACUCCAAAAGUGGCCUUUUAGGACAAAACCGCUGAUUUUAUGUAUGUAGAUUUUAUUGAAAAACCACACUGCUCUUUAUACCAGUACUUAAGUGAUCUUGUCAAUUUCAGAACUGCCUCCUAAGGUUUUGAAAGGUCAAGUGCUUAAGUUUGGCUUAUAUGGUCUUCUACAUUUAAUGCUGUACAGAAGGAGCCCAUAUCAAUGGGUUUUGUAUAAGAGGCCCAGAAAAAUUAACUGGCUUGUUCAAGUUUACAUAGAGUCUUUGGCUAGAGAUGUGACAAUGGCUACUAAACCUGCUGGCUAUUUUCUACCUUCACUGAUCUCCAUAUGUCUGAAUACUGCAGGAGAGGAGAGUGCUGUUGUGCUCAGGUCUUGAUUUCAGGCUUCCCAUGGGCAUCUAGUUGGCCACCGCGAGAACAAGGUGCUGGACCAGUGAAAAACAUUUCUGUACCCACUUUCUCCAUGCCAGGAAUCAUUUUAUAAACCUGGAUCAUGCCACCUCUUACUUGCCUUUUCUCUUAAACUAAAAAGUCCCAAAUGCUGCAACCUCUCUUCAUAGGGGAGUCACUAUAUAACUAUAUUUGGUUGCAAGGAAGUGUCCCUUUGCGCUAUCCCACUUCCCUCUUCUGCCAGCUCAUUCAUUCAUAUGCCACUUUUCCAUCAAUAAAUCAUGCUCAAAGCAGCUUACAACAAAGAAAAAAGGGAAUGCAUUCCAAGCAAGCAUUACAGAAGAUUACUUAAACCACCACCAACUGGAAAAAUAACAAGGGGGCUUCACAGUUUUACCUUAGUCCUAGAAACACCCCUCCCAUGAUGUCGCUCAGUGUCCCUCUCCCACAGCUUUUUAUAAGUCUCAGUAGUUUCCUUGUUCUCUAGGACCUUACACUUUUCAUCAGUAUAGCAUUGCUGGUGGAAGGGGGAGUUAUUUAACACGUUUCUCCAGUGCCAUUUUCCUGAUCUAACUUGCCUCCUAGCUGCUAUUUGUCAGGUGGCAGGAGGCGGAAAUCAAGAAUUAUGUGGGGAGCUUCCUAUUGCUGGACAGAACAGGGCUUGAUUGACAUAACCAUUUUGGGACAAAAGGGCGGGAGCAUAAUUAGACCCUCCAGGCCUCCCCAUUUCGCCCGCAAUACUGUUUUGGCCACACCCACCUGCCGUACUCCUGAUAUCAUGCAUGAUGUCAACUUCAGGACAGGUAAAGACAUGACUGGGCCAAAGGAGGUUUGCAGCCACUUGUAAGAUUGUUUAAGAUUUAACCCUAACAAGGUCUUAGAGGCAAAUCAUCCCCCAACUUGGACCAUUGGUCCAUCUUUGCCAGUGCCAGUUACUCUGUCUGGCAGGGAUAUUUCUCAGAACUUAAAUCCGGUGUCCCUUAGCAGGAAAUAGCAGGGACUGACCCAGAGGCCUUCUGCAAGCAAAGCAAAUGCUUUGCUACUAAUGCUCCUCCCUUGGAUGAUGAUGGUUUAUUACUUAUACCCCACCCAUUCAACUGUGUUGCCCCAGCCAGUCUGUGUGGCGUCCAACAUAAUA